UUACAUGCGCCGGUAGGAGCCCUGUUAGCCGCGGCGCCUCCAGGUUCCAGGCUCAUUCUUCCACAUGUCUGAAGGAGCGGAAGCGGAAUGAGACACCAGAUUUCAAACCACGUAUUGUAGCUAACCGUGUGACGACGGUUACCGUUCCCCUCCAGUCUAUUAGACGUUUAAAUAGACAGCGAAGUUACGGCGGCAGUUUUCCCCUCGCUAGCCGCGUUAGCCAGCCAGCUAGCUCCUUGCCUGACGUCAUUUCCUACUUUUGAAAAUCGCGGCCAGAAAGAGACGCAGCAGAGAGAUGGAGCUGCAAGUGGGCACCGAGCCGAUGACCCUGGGCUCCCCCACCUCUCCGAAGCCGGCCUCCGGGGCUCAGUUCCUGCCCGGCUUCUUGAUGGGCGACCUGCCCGCUCCGGCCAGCCCCCAGCCACGCCCCUUCAGUCUGGCCAUGCCCAUCCUGGAGAGCUCAGGGGCUGGAGGCGGAUCUGCUCCUCAGCCUGUCGUGCCCACCCCCAAAGAUAAAAGUGGAGCCCCGCCAAUCCGCAGUAUCCGUGACGACCUGGUUACUGUAGCCACGCCCCUCAGUGCUCACAGGCAGUCUUUUCCAGUGAUGCAGUCUCCUCUGUCUGCACGUCAGGCCUCAACUCCAGGAACAAGUACAUACUACUGCUACUGCAACUCGCCUGUGUGUGUGUCUGUCUGUUUCUCCUCACCUGUCUGUCUCUCCUCAGGUGUACAGCAGCAGCAGCAGGUGUGUCUGUCUCCAGCUCAGGUUGAUCCUUUCUACAGUCAGGGAGAGACGCUGUCGUCUGACGAUCAGCUGGAUCAGACCUGGAUCACCGUGUUUGGUUUUCCUCCAGCGUCAGCCUCCUACAUCCUGCUGCAGUUCGCUCAGUAUGGAAACAUCCUCAAACACACGAUGGCGUCGCCUGGUAACUGGAUGCACCUUCAAUAUCAAUCCAGGCUGCAGGCCAGGAAAGCUCUGUCCAAGGACGGGAAGGUGUACGGUGACGCCAUCAUGGUGGGAGUGAAACCCUGUAUUGACAAGAGUGUGAUGGACAGCAGUGAAGCCGUCUGCUCCCCCCUCGCCUCCUCCGCCCUCCCCUCCACCCCUCGAUCCGCCAUCAGGCCGCUCAGUGCCACCUACAGGAGCUCCACCAGCGACUACCAGGUGCUCGCAGACAGACAGACGCCCAGGAAAGACGACAGCUUCGUCUCCAAGGCGAUGGAGUACAUGUUCGGGUGGUGAUGUCACACAAAGUGCAUCAUGGGAUACCUGCUGCCUCGGAGGAGAAUCAACGGAUGAACUGAUUCACUACGCUGUGUGUGUGUGUGUGUGUGUGUGUGUGUGUGUGUGUGUGUGUGUGUGUGUGUGUGUGUGUGUGUGUGUGUGUGUGUGUGUGUGUGUGUGUGUGUGUGUGUGUGUGUGUGUGUGUGUGUGUGUGUGUGUGUGUGUGUGUGUGUGUCUGUGUGUGUGUGUGUGUCUGUGUGUGCCCUUGCGUGCGUGUGUGUUUCUCUCUCUCUUUGUAAUGUCAUUUUUUACUGUCAAUGUCUCAAUAAAGUUGUCUCUGAUUUGACUGUUGGGACCAGAACCACGAUCAGUAAUGUA